AUGGGGGGAGGUCGGCUGGCGGGGUGCAGUCGCCGAGACACGGCCACAACCCUGCGGGGUGUGGGUGGCCCUAACCGUGGCGGGAACAGCAACCUGGUGCCUGUGAGGAGCUUGGACCUUGAAGGGGCCGCGCCCGGGCCCCAUGCCCGCCCCAACGGCACGCGGCCCUGCACGCACGGCUGGCACUACGCCCUGCCCACGGCUGGCCUGCUGAGCAACCCGGUCACCCAGUGGAACCUGGUGUGUGAGGACGCGUGGAAGGUGCCGCUGGAGCAGACGAGCCACCUCCUGGGCUGGCUGCUGGGCUGUGUGGCCCUCGGCGCCGCCUGCGACCGGUUCGGCCGGCGGGCUGUGUUUGUGCUGUCCCUGGUGCUGGCCACGGGGCUGGGGGCCAGCGAGGCCCUGGCGGCCAGCUUCCCUGCCCUGGUGGCGCUGCGGCUGCUUCACGGGGGGGCCCUGGCAGGCGUCUUCCUCGCCCUCUACGUGGCUCGCCUGGAGCUGUGUGACGCCCCCCACCGCCUGGCCUUCUCCGUGGGUGCCGGGCUCUUCCUGGUGGCAGGCAGGCUGCUGCUGCCCGGCCUGGCACUGCUGGCACAGGACUGGCGCCUCCUGCAGGGCAUAGGUGCCCUGGCGACAGGACUCCUGCUGCCCUUCUGGGGGUCCCCAGCGCUGUUCCCCGAGUCUCCGUGCUGGUUGCUGGCCACGGGGCAGCUGGCGCGAGCCAGGAGGGUGCUGUGGCGCCUGGCGCAAGCCAGUGGUGUGGACCCCGAGGACAGCUCGGAGGAGGGGCGCUCCCUGGCUGCAGGUACCGAGCUGGGUGUGCUGUCUGCGGGGGGCCCCCGGCCCCGCCACCACUCCGUCCUGGAGCUGCGGCACACACGCGUCGCCUGGAGGAGCGGGCUCAUCCUGGGCUUCAGUUCGCUGAUCGGCGGGGGCCUGGGCGCCAGCUUCCUGCGGGGCCUGGCCCCGAGAGAGGCCGUCUACCUGCCCUACUUCCUGGCCGCCGGCCUGGAGGCCACCGCCGCAGUCCUGCUGCUCCUGACGGCAGACCGCUGGGGGCGCCGUCCGGUCCUGCUGCUGGGCACUUUGGCCGCCGGCCUGACCUCCCUGCUGCUCCUCGCUGGCACCCCAUACCUGCCUGGCUGGACAGCGCGGACGCUCUCCGUCCUGGGGCUGCUGGCCUCCCAGGCCAUGUCUGCCCUCAGCAGCCUGUUUGCAGCCGAGGUCCUGCCCACAGUGACCAGGGGCGCGGGGCUGGGCCUCGUGUUGGGGGCCGGGUUCCUGGGCCAGGCGGCCGCCCCCCUCGCCGACCUGCCAGGCCGGCGCGGCUUCUUCCUGCAACAAGUGCUCUUCUCCUCCUUCGCCAUCCUGGUGCUGCUGUGUGUCCUGCUGCUGCCGGAGACUCGCGGCCGCCAGCUGCCCGCAGCACUGCAGGACGCUGACCGCCUGCGCCGCUCCCCGCUGCGGGGCCGCCCCACCCGGGACCACCUGCCCCUGCUGCUGCCCACCCAGCCCCGGGCGGGCACACCCCCCUGCAGCACUGACCCUACCUGGACGUCCCCCGGGAGCCAGGGCCCAGCUGGGCCCGCAGCAGGGACCCCACCAGACAGCCCUUCUCCCCUCAGGGGACCCCAUGGUGCCUGGGGCACGUGA